UAUCCCGACUACGAAAUCAAAUCCACAACCCCCCCUCGCUCCGCCAUUACAAAACCACCUCCGUCUCUCGCCGUCCGUCUUAUUUCUCCGCGAUGACGGCGCGAGCAGGCAGCAUCAACCCCUUCGACGACGACGACGAUGCGGCGAUGAGGAGGAUGAGGGCAGACAAGGAUGAUGAGGAUGAUGAUGAGGAGGAGUUCGGGGCGCCGCGAACCCGGCAAGAAGAGCUGAGGCAGGAGGUGCUGAGGCGGCAGCGCGCGAUGGCGCAAAGCACGGGCCGCUCCGCAGGCCUCAUCGCCGACUCGGAGAAAGUCGGAGUGGAGACGGCUCAGGAGCUGAUUCGCCAGGGCGAGGCUCUGCGGCGCACCGAAAAGACCCUGGACAAAAUGGACGGCGACCUCUCCAUCAGCCAGAGGCACAUCAGUAGCAUCAAGAGCGUGUUCGGGGGCCUGGCCAAUUACUUCCGCUCCAAACCAGAGCCCCCCAAAGCAGAGCCCCCCGUAGAAGACAUCGCCCGUGGGAACGCCAGGCUGCAGGAGGCGCUAGACAAAAGUAAAGAGACUCAGAGUCAGUAUGAGGACCGCCACCCCGUGCUUAGGAAACAAGAGAUGGCUGGUUUUUAUGACGACAUCGGAUCGGAGACGGUGCCGGGUGGUGCUGCCAAGGUUGACGGUUCCAAGAAAAACCCGGUGCUGCAGGCGUACCACCAGAAAAUGGACAACGACCUGGAGGACAUCGGGAUGGGCCUCGGACGCCUCAAGGGCCUGGCGCUGGGACUGCAGACGGAGAUCGGCGAGCAGGACGAGGUCAUCGACCGUUUGGCGUCGCGGGUCGACAAGGUGGACAACCGGGUCAGGAGCACCAACCAGCAGGUCCGCAAGCUCUAGCCAGCGCCGAGCACCGUGCUCGCUAGCGAUGAAGACGACGACGACGACGGCGGUGGUGGCGGCUGGGACGGCAACUCGCAAACGACACUCGCGAGGGCCUUCGUGUGGAUGAAGUCGUGCGAAAUGUGCGAUUUACCUCGGUCAGUUAACCCAGGUUAACGCCUGGGUCUCUUUCGUAACGUCUUGCCAGCGAGCCUCCGACACGUCACGUGACCUCAAAGCAUGCGCCUUGCUUGGCGCAAGUAAUGUGGCGAGGUCACCGUCAGCUUAGUGGCGAAUGUCGGCUAUUGUUGUUGUUGUGGUUGCUGUGUGCGAGGCAUGUAACGAUACGCCCCCGAUACUUGCGUCGAAUCACGGCUGGAGAGGGUUUGUUAUUUUCGAAUCGUGUGUUGUACGGCAUGGGGUCGCAUGACCCCUUAAACGCUAAUUUCACCCAUGUGGCAACAAAAAAAAAUUAUCCAUCUCGACGAUUAAUCGAUUGGAGAUGGCGGAUCGUUCCAUGCCUGGUGUCCUUGUAUUGACGAACGACCACAAGAGCUGGGAUCGUUUCAACUUUUUUGUCGGCUUGUUUCUCUUCCCGGCAAAAUUAUUGUAUUUUUGUGUUUUUGUUUUGUUUACACAACCUGUGUGUUGACUGGUCAAACAAUAACGCUCGCCAUAUAAAGUAAGCACGCAUGCACGCAAGGGGGCUCGCGCACGCGCAGCACACGCGUAGCACACGCGUGACGGCCUGCGGCCCGCGUGCCGCACUCGCGCACUGCUGGGGCUGCCGCUACUCCCGCCAUGCGUUUCUUAUUUCCCUGAAAUCGGCUCUUGGCACGGACGCACGCAGGCAUGCGAAUACGCUUGCCAUCGCGCGCGCGUGCGUGCUCCCCCACACAUGGAACGCAGGGCAAACGGGGAGCGAGGCAGCGUAAGCACGCAAUGUGCAAACGUGCACACCAAGACGGCACACAAGGACCCCCCCCCCCCCAUCGCAUAUAGGCGUUAUUAGACUGUUGGGGCAAGUGCUGUUAGCGAGGACCUAUGAAGGUCGGCACGGCAGAUGACGGGGCGAGUGGCGAGCACCGUGUCCGGUCGCCUUUGUAUCCCUGAGUGUGUCCUGUUUACACAGCACACCGGGUACUGAUUUGAGGCCGAGUAGACCUAGUGCAGCACGCUAACCGUGACACCACCGCUCACCAAGAUGGCACGCACGCACAAAGACCUCGACACCUUCACCGCCUUAAAUCACACAGCCCGCCAUCGCUUUCCUUCCACUAAUGAAACGCCUCAUUUGCGCGUUAACACCUAUUUCUGGCCGUGCCGUGGCGCACUCCCGUGUCAUUUGUCACUAUGGAAACCUUAAUGUAUGGGCUCUCACGCUCGCUUCUCCAUGCCUUUGGUCCCUGUGCAAACUAUUGCUCGUGGGAAUGCGAGGAAUUUGGGGGCUUGAGCCCACGACCCCCACCCCCCACGGGACCCCCACCCCACCAGCACAACCAACCUGAGACCACGCUGCUGUAACCGCCCGUGCCGCCUUUCACUCUCGUGCCGCUUUCUCCUUUCACCCGAACCCGCAGCAUUCCACCGUCGCUCGGCGCGCGCGGCUCGGCUUUGCGAGAAGGAAACUCACGCGGUGGAAACGGCCGUGCUGGUCGAGGUGUUGUUACCGGGGUGCGACUCGAUUUAUUGUAAAUGCGUCAUGCGCCUACGACUGACUUCUGCUUGGCACAGAUUUUAUUGUUGGAUUCCCGCUAAUUCCAUUUAAUUGUUAUUGGGAAUUAGUCUCUUCUAUAGAUUCGAUUUUAGGAGGCCCUCUGCCAUAGUUUGCAAGAGUAACCAAAUAUCACGAAAAUGUAGCAGCUUAAUCUAUAUUGCGUAAAAUGACGUAUAGCAAAAAACAUCCCUGUUCAACGAUAGUUUUGUUCGUUCACGCUGAAAAUAAACUGAAUUCAAACCGUUUCUCA